UGAUAUGUGUGGUCAGCAUGCUGAUAUAUGUACUGAUGGGCAGUCCACGGACUGUCUGUGUGUGCUGACGGACAGUCUAUUGUUGUUCAAUCCCAGAAUUGUAGUCAAAUAAAUUUAGUCUCAGAUACUGGCUUCUUCAUAUAUGAUAUAAUCCAUAAACAAAAAAAAGGAGUAAAAACCUCCUAUUGAACCCAGGUUAAUAGGGGAAAAAGAUGUGCCAGUUGCCACUACACUAAAUAGAUUCUUUACAAUAUUUGCUGAGUCAAAAGUAUAUAAACUCUCUGCGCUGUAAAAAUAAUUGUGUAAAAAUAACAUAGAGGGGUUUGAACUCAGGUUCGUUGUGAAAGAAAGAAGAGACCAAACCACCAUGCCAUAUGAGUUAUUGGUUUAUAAAUAUAAGUUUUAAAAUUUAAAGUAAAUACUAUGAUCUGAAUUAGUUAUGUAUUUCAAAAAAAAUUUGUUUGACAUGAAGCUAGACACAAAGAGAAACACAAAAAUGUAUUCAGAUUAUAAAUUCAGUUCAAAAAAAAAAUAAAAUCAUAGUUUUUAAACACAUAAAUGGAAGAAAAUCAUACAAGAAUAAUUCAUUUAGCCAUAUUAAGAAGUCCGGGCCGCCUACGGCGGCCCGGCACGGCGUAGCCCUCGAAAAGUUAUGCGGUUUUAAAAAAAAAAAUUUCUCAAAACGGAUUAAUCUACACAAAGUUAUGAUCAUUUGAAGUCUGAAUUAAUUAAUUUUCAGAACGCAAGAGAGAUUAGAGGAGGACGCUGGCAAUUAGUUUUUUUUUUAAAUUGCAAUGUAUGCCCUUUGAUUUAGAUAAAUUGCAUAUAACCCUUGGAGACCUUCUUCCAUACGAUGGAUGCUCUCAGAUUAAAGUCAAGAUUGUUGAAGACUGUUUACCUCCUCCUCCUCCUUUCUCCCACGAUAUACGGUAACUUUUUAUCCCGUAGUAUCUUGCUUCAAAUGUAAGAGGCUGUUGGUUCAGUGAGGAUCUUGUUGCGUAUGGUCUCAUUCCUGAGUUCGUUGAAUCCUUGGAAUGAAGACCAGCUUGUACAGGUUCUAACAGAGCCUAGGAGUGCAUUGGGCAAACAGUACAAGAAGUUGUUUCGCAUGAACAAUGUCCAAUUACAUUUUACUGAAGGUGCAACGAGGCUUAUCGCGAGAAAGGCUAUGUCAAAGAACACAGGUGCACGUGGCUUACGGUCUAUACUUGAAAGUAUCCUCACAGAAGCAAUGUUCGAGGUACCAGAUAGCAAGUCAGAAGGAUCACAGAGUAUAAAGGCGGUCUUGGUGGAUGAAGAGGCUGUUGGUUCAGAUUGCAAGUUCACAACCGUUCGAUUCACAGAUGGCGAUUAGUUUUGAGCAUGAGUACAUAAGCCGAGGAACCCUAAUCUAACCGUUUCCUCAGUCCAAUGUGUUCAAGAUUGGCGAUUUCGAUUCUGAUCAAGAUUAAGGGUUUACGACACCAAGUGUUUGUAAUGCUGCUGAUAAUGUCAACAAAAAUAGAAUGUGUUCCGGGAUCCAAGGGUGACGAGGCUGAUGCAGAGUGCAAGAAAUGUCAGGAUCCAAGAGAUGUCAGGAUCCAAGAGAUGUCAGGAUCCAAGGGUGACGAGGCUGAUGCAGAGGGCAAGAAAGCUCUUGAGGUGAUGUCCGCAAGGACCUAAGCGAGUUGCUCUUGAGGUGAUGUCCGCAAGCUCUUGUUUGCUUGUCCUUCGUGUUCGGGAUCUUUAGCUUGGUAGGUGAUAAGCGUCUUUUGAAAGUUUGCAGGUUGUUGAGUGACCUCGGGGCCUUGAGGCUUGACUCACGAGUCGUAAUCGAGGACUUGGUGUACCUCAAGAUGAUAACCUUCAAGGGACGGGUAAGGAUUUCCGGGGAGAAGGAAACUCUACCCAAGAUACCUAGGUUCAGGAUCAUCAAACGGGUUGGUAAAGUGGCAUACAAGUUGGAAUUGCCAACAGCAAUGGAUGCAUUCCACAACGUAUUCCAUGUAUCACAACUUAGGAAAUGUCUAACGGAUCAAGAGGUCAUUGUGCCAGAAAUUCCUUCUGAUCUAGGUACGAACUUAACCUUAGUACACACAGGACGUCCUAAAUCUUAAAUAGGAUGGGAAAAGCAAUGAGAAAGAAAAUAAUCCAGAUGGUCAAGGUCGUUUGGUUUUGCGUGAGCAAAUCACUUGGGAGACUGAGGCCAGAAUGAAAGCCGACUAUCCUGAGUGGUUCAAUCAGUUCAUGGAUGAGGAUGCACUUGGUUCGGAUUCGAGGACGAAUCCCUUGCAAGUGGGGGAGACUUGUCGCACCCCCGAUCCUGAAUAGGAUCGUUGGGAUGGCCAUGGAUCGAGGAAACGUACCAGCCAGUCUUAGGACAUAAAGGCAAGCGUUCCAUGGCCAAGAAAGAAGGUUGAGGACGUAAGGAAACUUAGACUUAACCUUAUAUAAGCUAAGAGA